GAGCUGAAGGAUUCCUCUGGGCGAGCGCGGUAUGCAGAUGUCAACCAGUGGCUGCUCAAUGUUCUCGCAGAGCCACACACCCAGAGCUGCUUGCAGGAGCUGGAGAAUGCUGUGACGGCCUGGCAUUCACCACCAACUUUGCUUACCUCCAUUCCUGCCGCCCCGUCCAGAGACGAGACCUUCAGCUUCGCAGUCGCCUGGAGAAAGCUUGGCUGGAAAGAAGACAAGUUCUGCCGCUUCGCGCCGUCCGUCCCCCAGGUCAUCGACUGCAGCACAUUCUUACUUGACAGGGAGGGCUGCAACUCCGAAGAGUCCCCCAUAGUCGUGUACUUUGAGGACGCUGCUGGAGUCGAGCUGCAGGAUGGUGUCAUUUGUGUUGAUUCUGGCUCUGGGUGCGUCACAGCGUGCCACAUGGUGCUGGCAGUGGCCGCACUGCGAGGGUGGCGCCAGCAGCCAUACUUCCAGACCUUGGCCCCCUACCUGUACAAGUGCAUGUUCUUGACCUGCCGCUAUGUGUAUGCCAAGGACUUGACGAAGCGCCGGCGACUCUCCAUUGUCAAGAAGAACGAAGUGACACAAAGGACCAUUCUCGCGAACUGCGUGGCUGAGCGGGGGCAGGGCAGCAACCUGCCAUUGCGCAAACUGGUUGAGGCAGAGCUUAGCAAGCUGGACCAGGCUGCUGGUCGCUCACAAGCAGGAUGCCUGUCCUCCGUGGAGAAGAAUGCGGUGACCUUCCUCUGCCUCACAACCGAGCCAAUCCGGCAGAAGGUCCGCCUCAUCUGGGGUGAUGAGAAGGUAGCCCACAGCGCGGUCCCGACGGAGUUCCUAGACAUUAAGGGGCAGGGGCGCUUCCUGAUGGAGACCACAGUGCCAGAGGAGAAGGCGGAGUGGCGGGAGCGGACGGCCCCUGCAGAAGAGAAGCUGUUGCUGUGGCUGGACCGGCUGUCUGAGGCCUUCAGCUGGCGGGUGCAGGAAGCGUACGAGAAGUCAGAGCGCCCAUCCAUGGACGCUGUCGCGCACAAGUUUCGGGACACUGAGCCAGAAAUUGUCUACAGGACUUGUUGCAUGUUCCUGGAGAGCAGCCCGGACCAGAUUGCCCUCAUGUCCUCUGAGCGACAGCAGCACUUGCUCCAAGACUUCUUGCGUGGCAAGAUCAGCAGCAUGGUCCCCUCAGCCAAGGCCAUGGACCCAACGCUGGAGCUGAUCAGGGUGCGCCUGGAGGGAGCGCGUGCAGAGUUUGCCCAACACGUCAGCAAGAUCAGCUCCCACGAGGAGCAGUGCGAGGUAAAGCGCAUGGAGGGGAAGGAGGCGGCCCAUCAGGCUCUCAGCAGCAUGCUGGAGGUGCACCUACAGCAGCUGUACACGGCCAGCAGCAUGUCUCGCACAGAGAACGAGGCCGCCACAGUCGAGCUCAAGCGCAGCAAGGUGGUGUCCAUCCACCGGCCGUCGUGGAGGAAGUUCAUGGAGGCAGCAGGCCGGACGGCUGCUGAGGCACCGCUCCCUGAGGGAACGGCAGCCGCUGAGCAGCACACCAUGUUGCGGCUGAAUGUGAUCGAUUGCUGCGCCAUGGGGCCCACGCACACGCAGCUCUAUCCAGAAAUGAUCGAGGAUGCGGCAAAGGAGGCUGCCACAUUCCCAGCCACCUUCUUCGGCAUAUGCAAGCUGCCGAAUGCCCCAGGCAGGCUGUGCAAGAGCGCUGAUCCACAGGCAGCUGUGGAGGAGGCGCAGAAUGCUGUCCGCGCCUCAGCUCGAGGACAUGAGCUCGCGAAACUCAUUCAUGAGGAAGUGGCAGAGGACAUGAGCUCGCGGAACUCAUUCAUGAGGAAGUGGCAGAGGAGCGAUCGCGUUGGCUGCCCAUUGAAGUGCAAGAAUUGCCUCACUAGGAGCCGGGCACAUCAGCUCGAGGAGCCGGGCACAUCAGCUCGAGAUGAGCUCAUUGAGGAAAUGGCGGAGGAAGAGCAGGAGUUUCAGGAUGAUGAGUGCAGCAGCCCUGGGCCCUUGGGACCUUUGCAACACUGCGCAGACAGCCGAGUGAGCUCAGAGGCUGCAGAGGAGGUGGGCUCGGAGGCAGGACAGUCCUGGGCCACGCAGGAGGCUUCCGCCCUCCUGGUGCGGGAGCCCGCUGCUGAGGACCAAGCCAACCUUUCCAUGGAGCAGAUGGCUGAAGAGGAGCACUUGCUCAGCUUCCGCAAGGACACGGAGGGUCGAGUGGCCAGCGGUGGUGAGGGACUUCCUCAGGACACAGCUGAGCCUGCGAUUCAAGACAAAGGCGCCCUCUCGCUGGCUGAUGCGGAGCAACUUCCCAGCCCCCCCGAUGAGGUUAAGUGGCGCACUCGAAAGUUGCUGCGUCCGGCGCCACUCUUGGGUGCGAACUUUGCUGGGCGCCGGCGCAACCCUACCAACCAGAGCCGCCUCGACGAGCUUGAGGAGGUAUUUGUUGAGCUGGUGCGCCGCUCUCACUCCUUGCCGUCGAAUGGCCAGAAAAUGCAGCGCUCUUUCUUUCAGCACUGCAAGGGUCGUGAGGACCUCGGCAAGGCUGCCCAAGAAUUUGCUGACCUACAUGGACUCUUCAAUGGGCCAGAGCCCGAAGAAGCCUGGCCUGGUGUCGUGCCAGCUCAAGGGCGUGGGCCGAAGGCUAUGAAGCGGCCCGCCACGGCAGUGCUGGCAAAGAGGCCAGCCAGCAAGGAGCUGAAGGAUUCCUCUGGGCGAGCGCGGUAUGCAGAUGUCAACCAGUGGCUGCUCAAUGUUCUCGCAGAGCCACACACCCAGAGCUGCUUGCAGGAGCUGGAGAAUGCUGUGACGGUCAUCGACUGCAGCACAUUCUUACUUGACAGGGAGGGCUGCAACUCCGAAGAGUCCCCCAUAGUCGUGUACUUUGAGGACGCUGCUGGAGUCGAGCUGCAGGAUGGUGUCAUUUGUGUUGAUUCUGGCUCUGGGUGCGUCACAGCGUGCCACAUGGUGCUGGCAGUGGCUGCACUGCGAGGGUGGCACCAGCAGCCAUACUUCCAGACCUUGGCCCCCUACCUGUACAAGUGCAUGUUCUUGACCUGCCGCUAUGUGUAUGCCAAGGACUUGACGAAGCGCCGGCGACUCUCUAUUGUCAAGAAGAACGAAGUGACACAAAGGACCAUUCUCGCGAACUGCGUGGCUGAGCGGGGGCAGGGCAGCAACCUGCCAUUGCGCAAACUGGUUGAGGCAGAGCUUAGCAAGCUGGACCAGGCUGCUGGUCGCUCACAAGCAGGACGCCUGUCCUCCGUGGAGAAGAAUGCGGUGACCUUCCUCUGCCUCACAACCGAGCCAAUCCGGCAGAAGGUCCGCCUCAUCUGGGGUGAUGAGAAGGUGGCCCACAGCGCGGUCCCGACGGAGUUCCUGGACAUUAAGGGGCAGGGGCGCUUCCUGAUGGAGACCACAGUGUCAGAGGAGAAGGCGGAGUGGCGGGAGCGGACGGCCCCUGCAGAAGAGAAGCUGUUGCUGUGGCUGGACCGGCUGUCUGAGGCCUUCAGCUGGCGGGCGCAGGAAGCUUACGAGAAGUCAGAGCGCCCAUCCAUGGACGCUGUCGCGCACAAGUUUCGGGACACUGAGCCAGAAAUUGUCUACAGGACUUGUUGCAUGUUCAGCCCGGACCAGAUCGCCCUCAUGUCUUCUGAGCGACAGCAGCACUUGCUCCAAGACUUCUUGCGUGGCAAGAUCAGCAGCAUGGUCCCCUCAGCCAAGGCCAUGGACCCAACGUAUCGGCCAAGGACCCAUCUACGCUUCUUGAGGGAAGCCAUGAGCAUGGCAUCUGGUGAUCAACAGGCGCUGCAGGCAGAAGAAGCGCAGGCAGAAGCUACCAGGAACAGCCAGAAGGCUAUGCUGCUUGACAGCCUUAACACAUGUGCCAGAUAG